CUCUUCAAAAAUCUACAGCGGCGAGCUCGGAUUAGAGCAAUUACAAACCCAGCCAUCAACAAUUACAAACCCACUUGCCGCAAAUAUGUGUGUAUAUAUUUAGAUAUAUAAUAGUUUAACUAUAGCAAACAUCAAUUGAACCAGUAGUACUCUUGAAGUGUACCUUCCCCAAGUCCAACCACCUCCCUUAGAUCUAAUCUCUAAGUCACCUUAGAGAAGUAUUUUUCUGAUAUCAUAGAAAGCCAUAAACCCUGCUCACCCACCAAACAGAACCACCCCAAUUACAAACCCAAACCCUUGCCGAAGACCAAAUUAGUCCCAUACAUACCCUUCAUCUACCACCCCAAUCUGAAUAGAGAAAGAGUCUCAUUCGCAGGCCACUAUCUCCACCAUCUCCGCCGGAUUGAACUUCAAGCACAGACCACCAUCGCCGGACUGAACUUCGCCGCCCACUCGCCGUCACGCGCUGAUGCUAGUAGAUCUAAAGCGUUUUCACGAGCGGCGCCUUCUUCUCCGGCGAUUGCAAUACAGGCUCCGAGCUUCGAUCGUGAUCUCCUUCACGCUCUCUGGCCUCAACAUUAAUUCUUUGCCGUCGUCUAGCACCGGACCCGGAACUGGUCCGGCCUCCGUUCCUCUAUUGUCGCACAUACAGCUGCCGUCGGUUGUCGCACAUUCAUCGGCUAAGGGUCCUUUGUACAGCUUCGGGUGGUAAUUGAAAGGAGGCAGCUCAGGCUGAUCCGAAGAAGAAGGCGCUGCUCGUGUUCGUCGAGAGGGAGGAUUGCAAAUUUAUAGAGAUGAGAGAAAAAAAAUGGGUUAUACCCGAAAAUUGAUGGUCAAUGCCCAAUUUAAUUUAAUAUUAUUUUUUUAGUCACGUGUCGAAAUUUGAUUGGUCCACGUAUCCAGGUUGGAUGAACUUCAUCCAACCUGGGUUGGACCCGAGUAUUGUCCAUUUCAUCCGGCGACAAUCUUACCCGCCAAAAUGUGAAUCAAAUAAAAUGAAUCCUGAUUUGUGGCAUUUGUUGAAUCUAUUGGUUGUUUGCGAGAGCUCACUGUUCUUAAGAUGGAUAAGCGUAACUCCAAAUCUUACCCAAUACGGUGGGCGUACCUUUAAAGAUUCUCCGGCGGACCUACCAACCACUGGAAAAUGGAGUCGGAACUCAAAGACUUCGACGACGGCUCCACCAAAGACGACCGUCCUCUCCUCAACCCUAUCUCGACCUCCCAACCAGUCUCUUCCGAGAACUUGGAUGAGCUCGAGGAGAAAUUCGCCGCCUUCGGUCGUAACGACGUGUACGGCUUGAUGGGAUGCGGCGAGACGCCGUGGCCGGAGAAAUUCCUGCUCGGAGUCGCGUUCGUGACUCUCUUGCCUAUCAGAGUGGUGGUCGCGGUGACUAUGAUUGCGAUAUACUACUUGAUUUGCCGUGUUUGUACUCUGUUUUCUGCUCCCAAUCGAGAGGAGGAACAACAGGAGGACUAUGCGCACAUGGGAGGGUGGAGGAGGGCCGUGAUUGUUCGGUGUGGGAAGUUUCUUUCUAGGGUUAUGCUCUUCAAUUUAGGGUUUUAUUGCAUUAGAGAAACCCACCGAGAUUCGGACAGAGACGGAAAAUUGAAACAUACUCAGACUGGCGUCAAGGAUCAAUCUGAAGAACCUGAAAGACCUGGAGCAAUUAUUUCUAAUCAUAUAUCUUAUUUGGAUAUAUUGUAUCACAUGUCUUCUUCCUUUCCGAGCUUUGUGGCUAAGAGAUCAGUGGCUAAACUUCCUCUAGUUGGUCUCAUCAGCAAAUGCCUUGGAUGUGUCUAUGUCCAGCGGGAGUCGAAAUCAUCUCAAUUCAAGGGUGUUUCUGGUGUUGUCAACAAAAGAAUUCAAGAAGCUCAUCAGAAUAAGUUUGCCCCAAUGAUGAUGCUUUUUCUGGAGGGCACAACGACAAAUGGAGACUUCCUCCUUCCAUUUAAGACUGGUGCAUUUCUAUCAAAAGCUCCAGUUCUUCCAGUGAUUCUAAGAUAUCCUUAUCAGAUAUUUAGUCCUGCCUGGGACUCCAUAACUGGGGUGCGGCAUGUCAUUUUUCUUCUUUGUCAAUUUGUAAAUCACAUUGAGGUUACAUGGUUACCUGUUUACUACCCCUCACAAGAGGAAAAGAAUGAUCCAAAACUUUAUGCUGAGAAUGUCCGAAGGUUGAUGGCUCGUGAGGGUAAUCUGAUACUGUCAGAUAUUGGUUUGGCGGAGAAACGAAUAUAUCUUGCUGCUCUCAAUGGUAAUAGUAGCCUGCCUACUGUUUUGCUUCAGAAAGAGGAUUGAUAAUUUCACAGCCUCGCUCGCAAAAGUUACCUAGUCCUAGUCAGAUUUUUAUGCUCCAUUGCUUAGAGGCAAUCAUGAUACCAUUUUGAGCAUAAUCUCCUAGUUUAUGAAGCAUAUGUAAAUAUUAACAAAUGAUCUUUGUGGAAGUAAGUUGUUGAUUGUUCACCUA